AUGGCUAGAAGCCUUUUUCAAACGGAAAAUCUCACUUCAGGAACUCGAGGCGAUGUCGUGGCUCUUGGGUUUUUGGAUUGGAGACGAUUUCGCAAAGGUUCUAGUUUUGCACUGCACGAUGUGGUCGAUAAAAGCGCACCCUGUGAGAACCCUUCUGAAGAUGAAACUGCCACGGACGAGCCAGACACCGACGAAGAAAGAAAUAAAGUCCGAAAGAAUUUGUUGGUAGAAACAGAAGAAGUGCUGGAAUCAAUUGUCGAAGAGCAUGUCAGUAGUCAAGCGGUAGAUGGUGACUCGUUAUUAAAAGAGCUGGAAGCGAAACCAGAUAAUUACUUUGAACAUCGCCAGGGAGACGAACACAAGGACGUGAAUUUCGAGCUGGGUAGGAUGCGGUUUGGUAUAGUCCCCGCGGAACAGCAAGAGCUGAUCGGCGUGGUGUGCGCCACGGAUUCGAAAAUCAUCACGGCGGAUCAAAUCAUUGUGGGGAGCUCAAAAUUUGUUACAAAGGAAACUGCAUCAAUUGAAUCGUAUCAGAGAAGCUGCUUUUCUUGUCGCGCUCUCGAAACCUCCUCGUGGCAUCGGAUUCCUUGGGAAAGAAAGAGCCUUGACAGAUUGUGCAGAGCAUGUUACGCUUCCUACGUGCGCAUAAAAUCCCGAUGCGCAAAUGGUUCAUGCAAUCUGGUUUGUAAACCAUCCGAUUACAAGAAAUUGGAGGCGACUCGACGUAGAAAAGUGACAACUCAACUGGAAGACGGUACUCCCAUAGCAGGAUUUCCGUGCGAAAAGUGUGGAAGCGCUAUCAUGCGUGAGGGUGGCAAGGGGCGGUGA